GCUUGGCAAAGAUUCUAUUGAUACAACUAGAUUAGCAAAAAAUAAGAAAAAAUUGGAAGGGUUGCCGAUGAACCACUUAUCAAUAUUUACAAUCAAUGUUGCUGAAGAUUUUGUGGAGUUUCACUCUAUAUAUAAGGAAUCUGGUUUAUAUAAAGUUUUAUUGCUUGAUCAA